CUUCUGCUCUUCACCCUUCAGAAGAGAAUUCCAGAUCAAUCCCUACGGCACCCAGGAAUCUUGGGCCGUCAGCCCUUUCUUCCGCAGGGCUGACCCUGACCACUGCAUACCCUCUGAAAGCAGUGCCCCCUUCCUCCCCCACACUGAGGAUUCCCAAGAAAUUUAUUGUGUCUUGUGACACCAUGUCUGGGUUCGCUUUCCUGCUCCUGCUGCUUUCCUGCCAUAUCUCAGAAGGCUCCAACUCAGAAGCAAGGAAUAUCACUGAAACCAAGUGUCCUUCACGGAAAAAGAAUUUUGCAGUGCGUAUAGGACACGUUUGUCAGAGGAGCUGUGAACGCCGCCAAUGCUCAAAAACCAGAAAGUGUGCAUGCGACGGUAAAUGUGGACUGAGUUGCAUUUCUCCAGCCUUAAGAUGUCCAUGGCCUGUGAUAGUGGAUAAUGCCGUGACACACUUGGCCCAAGAAUCCCACGUGUUUGGAGAUUUCAUGACAGUGACCUGCCAGCCUGGAUAUAGAAUGCUGGAUGGACAAGAAAUGUCAGUCAGCCGUUGUCAAGGAGACGGGAAGUGGAGUGUCACUACACGCUGUGAAGAUGUUCUUAGUUUUUCAAAUGCUUGCAAAUCUCCUCCUGAGAUUGAAAAUGGUUACCACGAAAAUGGUCCUUAUACCAUAGGAAAGGAAGUGCUAUAUACGUGCAACUCUGGAUAUUGGUUGCAGGGGUCCAAUUCACUUCGAUGCCAAGAAAAUGAGGAAUGGUCAGACAAUGCUCCAACUUGCCAUCCUAUUACUUGUUCCCGGCCACCCAACAUUGCAAAGGCAACACUGGUGGCUGUACACCAAUCUGAAUACCCUGUAGGAACUGUAAUCUAUUACUUAUGUCAGAAGGACUUCUUCCUAGAUGGUUCUAACAGAGCCAUCUGCCUGAAAAAUGGAAGCUGGUCCCAACUGCCUUAUUGUAGAGCUCGCUGUCCCGUCAUUGCCCAAAGGAGCCGGUUGAUCUACCAUGGACACAAAGUUUGGCCCUAUGAGAUCCCAAAUGGUCUUGUUCACCAUGGUGAAACUGUCACGUUUUUUUGCCGAAGUCAGAAUAAGACCUGUAAUUAUGAAGCUGAAAGCCGUUGUUUUGAUGGUGUAUUGAAGAUGCCUGAUUGCUAUGAUGAACCAACAUACUUGCAAUACCAUCUCUUCCCCAAAAGAGUUGUAUCCGAAAUACGUGCUUGUUGAACAUCUGACCAGUCACUCAUCCAACAAUGAGAUCUGUCUCCUUGUUCAAGCUUGAAAGACAUCCUGGAAGUCCAAGGGGAGAAAUGGAAAUGAGAAGAUUAAUACUAAGAAAAGAUGUCAACCAAAGGGUUAAGAUAAGGCAGGGCUGUUGUAUUAAAAUGCUACAGCUGGCAUUCUUCACAAUGAAUAGUUAGGUAUAUGUUUUAUUUAUUUUUAUCAGUUGCUCAUUAAGUGAGCAUCAAAAUUAUUUCAAGCCAUCCCAAACCACAACUUAAUUUCUCCUGUAUUUUUUUUAAAAAAACAUUUCUUCCACAAGUCAUAUGGUUAAAUUCAUCCAAACUAUCCUCUAAAUAGAGAGGAUUUUAAACACGAAGAAAGUUUCAUUUAAAGCCCACAACAAGAAAAGGCAUAUAUCCUUGUAAUCCUAAAGGAAUUAAUCUGCAAUAUUCCUUUAUCCAGUUUGAUCUAGUGGUUAAAGCACUAGAAAUUUGAAGACUGUAUGUUCUCGUCCCUCUUUAGGCAUGAAAGCUGGUUGGGAAAUUUUGUGCCAAUUACCAGAGACUAUGAGUUCUAGUCCCGCCUUAGGCAUAAAAGCCAGCUGGAUGACUUUGAGCUAGCCUCUCUCCCUUAGCCCAACUCACAUUACAGUGAGGUUAUUGUGGGGAAGAUAGGAGGAAGAAGGAGCAUUGGGUACGUUCACGUGCUUGAAUUGUUUAUUAAAAAAAUAAUAAA